AAUACUAAUAAAAAAAACAAAUUCGGCUAUAUAUAUAUGUUUGGUCUCCCGGAAGAGAAUCGGUGUGUCUCCAUCUGGCUUUUGUUUCUGAAUGGGAAAAGCGUGGCACGUUACUGUGAUGGGCAAUGGAUAAACAAACACCGACUCUGGACUUUAUUUACCUACAACCCUUGAUGUAUCAUACCCCGAGGCGAGACAUUCUGGAGCUUCAACUCUGCAACUCCUUCAGCUCAAUCAGCUAAUCUCUUGACUGCAUGUAAGGAAGUCUAGUACAAUUUAUAUCAUCAUCGAACUAGAUUUGACUCUGAGAGAGUGGAAGAUAUGCCAUCCUUCAUGGAACUGUUCAUUAAGUGGGCUGUCUGUACUUCCCUGGUUCUUAUCCGUAUACCUGGGACUUAUGGCUCAAUAGUGAAUUUCCACAAAACAUGCAUAUGUGCCAGUAACAUUGUGAGCUGCUCCAAAAUGAACUUAACUACUGUGCCAUCUGACCUGCCUAAGUACACAGCAGUGCUUGAUCUGAGCUAUAAUGACAUCACCAGGCUACGUGCAGAGUGGACCACAUACAAGCUCCCCAAACUCCACAACCUUUUACUGAGCCACAAUGGCUUGCAUUUUAUCUCUACUGAAGCUUUUGUUUAUGUUAAGCACUUGCGCUACUUGGACCUGUCGUCUAACAGCAUCCGCCAACUGGACGAGUACAUCUUUGAACAGCUAGAGUAUCUAGAGGUGCUUCUGCUCUACAACAACCACAUCUCCCAGAUUGACCGCACUGCCUUCACAGGCCUCAGCAAACUACAGAAGCUCUACCUGAGCCAGAACCAGGUGUCCCGCUUCCCUCUGGAGCUGGUUAAGGACAAGACACGACUGGAAAAGUUGAGCUUAUUGGACAUGUCUUCCAAUCGGAUCAAAGUCCUCCCCAUUCAAGAUCUGCAGGAUCUGCCAGCCUGGCUCAGGAAUGGACUAUACUUCCAUAAUAAUUCGCUCAACUGUGACUGUGAGCUGUACAGCUUGAUGGCACACUGGUAUAUGCGACGACUAAACUCAGCUGUGGAUUUCAAAGAUGAAAUCACCUGCAUACUGCCAGGACCUGAUAAGAAAAUCGUACAUGUUUUUGAGCUAAACAUGCAUAUGAAUUGCAGCACAUAUAAUGAAUCAGUGGAGGAAGCAUUUUUGGAGCAGUCUCUGGUCCUCAAGUGUGAUACGCGGCAUCGGGACAUGUCCAAAACUUGGAUGUUACCUGGCAAUGUAAUAGUAUCACCUGGAAACAACCAGACUGCUGUGGUUCUACCAGAUGGCAGCUUGGAGAUCAGUUCAGUAAAACUCGAGGACUCUGGUCAGUACACCUGCUUCGCUGUAAGCGAAUACCUUAAUGAAACCCUGUAUGUGUGGGUGAAGGUACAUAACUUCACUUUUAUUGGAAACAGCGAGACCCUCAAUACAGCAUACACAACUCUGGUGGGAUGCUUGGCCAGUGUGGUACUGGUGCUCAUCUACCUGUACUUGACCCCUUGCCGGUGCCGCUGCUGUCCAGGACAAGGGAAGUCCAAGAACCAACAUGAGGAUAGUAUUCAUUCAUCCAUGCUCAGCGCCACUCCAACACAUGAGGAUCUGGCAACCAAAGCAGAGCCCAACAGGCAUGUUGCCUUCAUAGAUCCCAAGGACCUGCAGGGCCAGAAUGGGAAAGUGAAUCGCAAUCGGGAAGAAGAGCUGGAGGACGAGGCUAAGCAUGGGAAAGGAAAGAGAAAGAAAUCAGUGGCGGACUCUAUUAGCUCAGUCUUCUCUGACACACCCAUUGUGGUCUGAGUGGAUCCUGUCCAGAGUUGAAACUGGGCAGCCUUCUUUGAUGGAUGCAAAUUGUGUGAGGCUUGUCCAGAGGCAAUGAGUUGUUGAGACGUCUUUGGAAAAAGAGCAACAGAAAUGCAGUUUGCACCCUUCAGCAUGUGGCUAAUUAAAGACAGUGUUAUAUAGCUUUCCUAUGUGAAUUUGACAAGGACAAGUUAGAGAAGCCUUUCCAGCAUUUUAAUCUGUAGCACUUAAGUAUAUACUGUGAAAAGGUCUUGCCAUAUACAGUAAGUGGACUUUUAGUAACGUGUCACUGAGAAGUGGGGAACGUGAUAGGGAACGUGGCAAAAUUCAUUUAUCCGUGAACAGGCACUGGCAAGCCUUAUUAUUUAGUAAAAUAUAAAACAAAUAAACAAUAUAUUUAAACCAUAUAUUAUGAUUCUUAGACUGCUGAGAGUAGAAAGAUUAUAGCAUUGUGUCCUGCAGUCUUUAGUACUUACAAUAUUUAUUCCUCCCUUCCCCAAAUGUUAACUUGCCAGCAUCACCACUUUAUAUAUAGACUUCAGUCAUGAGUCAUUGCUAGAGGAGUGGCAUGCCAUUAAGCACCAUUACGGUGAACGCUGAACACUGUCAAGUGCAUUUGAAAGGACGUAGCAAAGAUUUGAAUGUGCUUGUAGAAAUUCAGCACCUCUAAGCUUAUCAAUACGUCAAAACGUAGAGGAAACCUGGGUCAGUUUUAAUAGCAAAGUAAUACUGGAGAAGAGAAAAUCCAAUCGUUGCAUUACAGUUAGAUUUAUAUUGGUUGUUGUUGUUGUUAUUAAUAAGGGAUCAAAUGUAAAGUGAAUAGGUGAGCUAUUUGACAUUAAGCCAAAGUUAAACUUCACUGCAUUGCAAUUCCAUAGACACUUGCAAUAACGUCACAAGACUAGAGCUGUUGCUGAAUUUUAGAACAAAACAUGCUGGAUUUGAGGACAAAAAGCUAAAACAUCUUUUCAAUAGAUGUCGUCUUCUAGCAUUCUGUCGCGUUUGAUUAUUGAACGUUUGGGUAGUUGUAGCACCAAAAAUGAUGAUGACAUGCCAGCUGCCGUGA